GCCGAUAAUCAAAGUUCCAGUUUCAGAUGUGGCUGUGUGUUUGGUUGUAUAAACGUCUACUUCAGCUUUCAAGUGUCUUCAGUAAGGGGGAAAAAUGCUGGUCAGCUCUUGGAGUGGACAGGACCCUUCACCAGUGCCCCUGGGACACUUCAAUACCAUGCUGCUAUAAAGCUGGACACCAUGGCACCUGGUGUAUACUCAAUGUGCCUGAGUUUGGAGGCGACCGUCAGUAGCAUCAACAAAAACAUUUGUGUCACUGCAAGUAUUACUAAUAAAGAUCCGUGUGAAUCUCUGCCAUGUCAAAACUACGGGCAGUGUGUGUCAGCCAUGGGAAACUUCACCUGCCUUUGUCUGCCAACCUACACUGGCACAGUGUGUGAAAAGGUCCUUGAUCUGUGUUCACCCUCACCCUGUGUUCAUGGCAAGUGUUUCAAAGUCUUCAGUGGAGUGCCUUCCUUCUACUGUCUGUGUCAACCAGGCUGGAAGGGCCGCACAUGUGAUUCAGAGAGGGAUAACAACAACAUCGAACCUGAUGUCAAGUAUGACUACACCAUCAUUCCCAAAUUCAACCAUGACUACAACCAUGAACCCAACUACAAGUGUGACUGCACCCUUGAUCCUGACUGCAACUAUAACCACCACUUUGAUCCCGAUUUCAAACAUGGUUGUGCCCUGUGAAGACAUGAAAGGAAUUGACUGUAAAUUGCUGGACAUGACCACACAUGUCUGUAGUUCAUUCACUGUGAGAAAAUAUUGUGCGAAGUACUGUAAAAUGUGUUCCUGACCGAGAGUAGGAAAAUACAUUACAUAUAUACACAAGAGCAUUAACUGAGCACCAAGAAAGUACAUGUAUUCAAACAAUA